CAGGGACUGGCUGUGUCUCAGGGUCUGGGUCCUAGAGCACUCUUACAUGUCUUGAUAUUCUUCUUCUCCCUAACCAGCAAUUUUUCUAUUUCAAUGCUUUUUUGGGUGGGGGUAGUUUGCUUUGGUGGCUGAAUAAGUUUAAUUUUGGGUUGUGCAUAUGAGCAUGGGUGAGAGAUUAUUUACCGGAACAAGGACAAUUUUUCAGUGACUACACCAUUGAAGAGAGUUUAUCCUUGCCUCCUAGUAAGCAUCAACUGCCAAUAGCUGCUCAAGGAGGCACAGGACCUUGUGAGUCCCUUCUGAAUCCAGGAUGGACUAUUGCUGGGUCCAGUCUUGUACAGUGGAAUGCCUGAGGGCAGAUGACGGGAAUAAAUACAACUGGAACCUCCUGGUGGGGCCUUGUCAGAAGGAGGCUCAAGUAUGUUUCGAAUGCUUUUUUUGGCUCUAUCCAUAAUUCUCCUCACGGACACAGGAGAAAGAGCGCUGACAAUCCCAUUGAUUAGAAUGUGUAAUCUAUGUUCUAACUUUGAUGGAAACAAAUGUCUUGAUGGCAUGAAAAAAUGCUGGAAGUUCAACAUGUUGUGGUUCAACAGGACCUGUACCACAGAAAACUUUUAUUUUUAUGACAUUUUAACAGGGGCACACAUUUUUCGUUAUUCAAAACUGUCCUGUAAACCUUGUGCAAGUGGAAUGUUUCAAGUAUACCAUGACCUUAUGAGAGAAACAUUUUGCUGUACUGACAGGAGCUACUGUAAUGAUGGCAUCAAUCGCUUAGAAAUGUCCUCAUUGUAUUUUGAGGAUCGAAAGGUGCAGAGAGAGUUGAAUGACUGACAA